AUGAUCUUCAGAGGCACUGGAGGCAUGGAGAGUGAAGAGAUGACCUAUAAUGAUGUGCAUAUCGACAUCACUCAGGAAGAGUGGGCAUUGAUGGAUCCUUCACAGAGGAAUCUCUACAAAGGUGUGAUGCUAGAGACCUAUAUGAACCUCACAGCUAUAGGCUACAACUGGGAAAAUCUUGAAGUUGAAGAACAUUAUCAAAGUUCUCAAAAACAUGGAAGGCAUGAAAGAAGUCAUACUACAGAGAAAUCAUAUGAAUAUAUUGAGUGUGGUAAAUCCUUUGAAUAUCAUAGUCAUCCUCAAAGCCAUGAAAAAACACAUACUGGAGAGAAACCCUAUGAAUGUAAUCAAUGUGGUAAAGCCUUUACACAGGCAUGUAAUCUUCAAGUACACAAAAGAACACAUACUGGGGAGAAACCCUAUGAAUGUACUUAGUGUGGUAAAGCCUUUGCUUGUCACUCGCAUCUUCAAAGGCAUGAAAGAAUACAUACUGGAGAGAAACACUAUGAAUGUAAACAAUGUGGUAAAACCUUUGCACAGCCUAGUUAUCUUC